AGUACGGGAACACUUCAGAUUACAUGAGCUCUUUUGCAUAUUGAAUGUAUUGAACGUGAGAACGUAUUCAGGGAUUGAUUGCCGUCUGCCCUAUUUUAUUUUUGUGUAAAUCAUUAGGACAUGUCAAGAGAUACAUGUUGUAGAUUGCUGUCUGCCCCUAAAUUGACAACUCAUUAGGACAUUUCCGAGGGACUGUUAACUAUUUGCCCUUCAGUUUUAUUCGCUUUUGUCGAGACAUCAUGGACAACCUUUCGUGCAAGGGAGGAUGGAAGAGAAACUCUGACAGUUGACACUGUCCUGCUGGGACCAUGAUACAGCUGUGCAAUAAAAGUGCUACAAAGACACAUUUUCGAACAACUUAUGAACUGGAACUAUCUAAAAAUAACAACAGAGCCCUUUGCAGAGGACGAGAUGACCUGACAUUAGAUUGGUUGAUUACUUUUCUACUAGUACUGACUAAAAUAACAAAAGUUGCUGGACUCUUUGAGCAUGGGGAAGCAGACCAGUAAACUAGCAAAAACUAAUCUAGAUAACUUGGCAGAAACAACACAUUUCAGUGAGAAAGAGAUCAGACAAUGGCAUGAAGGGUUUACCAGAGAUUGUCCAAAUGGAACCCUGAAUAGACAGGAAUUCCUUGAGAUAUACAAGCAGUUCUUUCCAUUUGGGGAUGCCACCAAGUUUGCUUCAUACGUCUUUGAUGUCUUUGACGAAAAUGGGGAUGAGGAGAUUGAAUUUGAGGAAUUUAUUCAAGCUCUGUCUGUCACAUCCAGAGGGAACAUUGAUGAAAAGCUAAAUUGGGCUUUUCGUCUGUAUGACCUUGACGGCGAUGGCAAGAUCACGAGACGAGAGAUGCUCUGUAUCGUAGAGUCCAUCUAUCAGAUGGUGGGCAAUAUGGUCCAGCUUCCUGAAGAUGAGAAUACACCCGAGAAGAGAGUCGACAAGAUGUUUGCUCUCAUGGACAAGAAUCAUGACAGUCAGAUAUCUAAAGAGGAGUUUUUAGAUGGCUCCAGGAAAGAUCCAUCCAUCGUUCAAGCUCUAUCGCUCUACGACGGCCUUGUGUGAACCAACCCUGACCUGUACCAUCAUUCGUCACGUGAGGGCGUCUUACAUAGUGUGCUAACAUUCCUUGUUCAUCAAGAUCAGCGGAAAUCACAAGGUGCUAUCAUAUUUCAAAAGCAUAAUCGUCACUUUUAAGUGCUGCGCUACUCGUCUAAAGUCACUGAAUUGUUUUAUACGGUGCAUCCCGCAUACAGAGGAUACCCAGGUUUUCAGUUUUCUUCAACAUAGUCUUUCAUUUAUAUCAUCAUGAGAUAUAUAUAUUUUUUUCUUCUGCAUUUGGAUGCGUGAUAUGAUAUGAAUACAUGUAGUUCAUACAUAGAUAAGCAAAAACAAGCUUGGAAUUUCAAUGCCAAAAGCCCCAAACCAAGUUGCAUGGAAAAAAAGGUCAAAAUUUUUAUAGGAUUCAGUGACCUUGUAUAAGAAAUGGAUGGCUCAUUACCCUACAUUUUUGUAUCCCAUUGUAAAGUUUUUUGAAUUAAUGAGAUCAGAUUCAGAUUCACGUCUUAGUUUCUGCCUAGCCGUGUCUGGUAUGAUUCAGAAUUUAUUAUUUGUAGUCUGUCAUGCAAAGAAUUUUGGUUAAAGCAUAUUUAAUGAUUGUGAUAUCUAUUUGUAAAGACAGGUUUCCUUUUUGCAGAACCCACUAUAUAUUGUAUUAUGAAACAAGGCGGUGGCUUUGGAAUAACACUGGUCCAAGUUUUGGUAAAAUCUUCAAUGCAGGAUCUUGUUUAAUAUAGAGUAGAAUGAGGUUCAACAUAUUUUUUUUAGCUGAAAAUUAUCAUGAUGACAUAUGAUCUUGAAGGGUAUGCAACUGCAUUAUUAUGACUAUUACAGAGCUACCAAGUCUCAUGCAUUAUGCGUGAGACUCAAGCAUUUUGGACUCUUGUUCAUCCCCUCAAAUCUCUGUCUCACGCAACUAUCACAGCCUAUCCCCAUAUACAUUGUACACAAUGUCUGUGAUCUCACUCAGAUUCACAGAAAAUCUCACGCAUAGCUGGUCUUUGAACUUGGCAUCUCUGCUAUUAUCAUGCAGUUUCAAUUUUAGGUCCCAAGAUCAUAUAAACCUUGCAAUUAGUUGCAAUAUAAAGAAAAAUAUUUGCUGAAAAUACAACUGAUAUUUCACUUGUAAAUUUCAAUUUGAGAAUGAUACUUGCAGUUCAUUGCAAAUAAGUCAGAAAUUUUUAGUAACGGAUAUUUUUGUGUGAUGAUAUAAAUAAAAGUAAGAUUUGUAGAAAUUACAGUCAUAUCCUUACCUGAUAGUUUUUUUUUUUAGUCUCAAAUUUAAACUUAUAUUUGGUGAUUUGGAAAUUAUACUAAUAGUAACACUGAUAACAAUAUGCAGCAUUUCUAAAUUUUAACUUUUCCAUUAUGGCAACUUCCAUGGUAACCUUCAUUUUGAUUGGCUGCAGAGCCCUGUUGCCAUGGUAGUUGCCAUUCUGGCAAAGUUACAACAGUUGCAACUCUUAAUGAAAUGGACCCCGAGUGUUUGAGCAUUCUUACCUGGUAACCAUGUUAUGCAACAGGUAGGGAGUGGCAAAUGUAGAGAAACAUCUAGCAGCAGGACGCGAGAUGUGCUGAUAGGAUUUGAACCCCAGACCUUGUGAUUCAAAGUCCAGAGACUGACCCACUUAGCCACAGCCAUUACAUGUAGGAGAUAAGCUGUAAAGAUAAUCCUUACUCAAAACUGACAUUCAUAUACAUGUACAUAAAUAACUUAUUAUAUUGUAUAUCAAAGUAUUCACAGACUUGCACAAAUCAUAUACACAAAUGCAUGUAAGUUAUUGAUAUCUAUUGUCAAAUUGUAUUUUGUCUGCAUUCCUUUUGCAAUGAUGAAUUGUAUUCUUGUCAUUUUAUUCCCCUCCUCUUCUUAUGAUGGUCAUCAUUUCCCCUUCCAACAAUCUGCUGAUUGAAUAUUCUGGAGGAUUUAUGUGAAGCAAGUGCCUUGGAAGUACUAUUGUCAUGUCAGUCAGUACUUUUGUUUUCUGUACUGUUCAAUAGUAAUAUUAUUUACUGGUUAGUUAUGUAAUAGAUACAUCUACCCACUCUAAAAAUGCAGUUUAAUGCAUUUCUAUAUUGCCCCUACUCAGCCUUUCUGCCAAUGUUUUGCCCUCUUUUAGACUAGUCUGCAGGCACAGACCCUGAUUGAAACUUUGAUCAGCAAGUGUGCCUCCACACAAAGACUAGCACAUACCAAACUUGCUGUUUCAAUUCAAGGGCCUUCAGUACACAAGGCACGAGUAGGCUGCACAUUCAGACCCUUAAUUCAAGUGAAGGGUUUGCCCAGCAGACUACUUGUAGACUAUCAGUUUUUGAUAAUCGUACGUAUUUCCCCAAAAGUUCUUAUUUUGUCGACUGUUUUCAUACAUGCCAUGAUAUUUGUAUGCCAUUUUGAUACAUUUAAAUACGAUAUGUUCAUUUCUAAUGCCAGAAUGUGAUAGUCAUGAAAAUCAAUUUCACUCCCAUCAACAUUCCGACGACCUUCAACUUUUGUUGUAUUGAAGUGUUUUUUGCAGACAUGGGCCCUAUUUUAUAUAAAUUGGAUAUGAUAGCAACUUGCAGGAAUAUCAGCUUCCAUUGGAAGAGCCAAUCAAAGAGCAGACUCUUUGCUGUUGUCAUGGUAAUUGUCAUUCCAGCAAGUUUUGCUAUCAUAGCAACUUUUAAUGAAAUGGGGCUCGGGGUGAUUUCCCCACAGGAGGGGUGCUUGUAUCUCUGGAUAGAUUUGGUUAUUUGACAAAAAGGGGUAUUUCUUUCCAAAAAUUCAUAUAUAUUGCAUCCCUCAAUUCAAGGGAGCAGGGCACUGUCACUUUGAAAAGGAUAAUACUUCACAUAAAAAGGGAAUAUUCAAUGAACUGUUCUUGAGGGGGGGUGCCUAUUGCGCCCGAUCCAUACGUCAUGCCCUAAAAAUAGACACUUGUGACAUUUAUCUUACUUUGAAGUGAGAUUGGUAUUUUUGCUCUCAAGAAAUUCAUAGCUGGCCUGUUGCAUAAAAGUUACCAUUAUGGCACUUAGCAAUGCAAUGGUAACUUGCAUGGAAUCCUUGAUUUUGAUUGGCUGUUAAGUGUCGUUACCAUGGUAGUUACCAUUGGAUGGCAAAGUUACCAUAAUAGUAACUUUUAUGCAAAGGGCCCCUUAUCUUGCCUCUUUUUAUUAUUUCAAACUCUCAACAAUAUGUUGUAGACUUUUCUGCAUGCAUUUGACUUUGAUCAUUCAGUGUCGUUUCGAAUUUUCCAAUUUAUCCAUAGAUAAAUUAUUAUUGCAUCUUGUAUUUUAUGUUUUCAACUGUAAAUGUAGAUUUUGACAAAAUCACUUUUUGAUAGUAGCACCCACAGUGGAUGGCUAAGAUGUAUAACAGUAUGAUCUUAGUAUUCUUUUUUCUUUUUAAAUCAUAUGUUCUAUGAAUGUGAAUUCAUUAACCUCAUGUAUUGUUAUUAUGCAUAAUUAUGUGUAGUUUACAUUAGCAAAAUGACUUGUGUGUAAUAACAGUGUGAAAUUUGUGUGCAAUUUACUGUUUAUUGUUUAUUAAUAAAUGACAAAGUAUGACACUUA